AUGAUAAGAAUAGACCCAGCAGGCCCGCAUGGGUUUGAAUAUGCCGAGUUUAUAGAACGUAAUUCUCCAACCACUGCUACUACGACCAGUUCUGAUGAAGAAGAAACAUUUGAGUUUGAUGAAGAUGGAAAAUCUGAUAAUACUCGUGAACUAGAUUCCUGUAAAUCGCUUACAAAAGAAGAACAGGCAGUUGUGGCCUCGUGCACCGAUCCCGAGUUAAAAGAGCUGAUCUUUCUCAACCGUAAGAAAAAUAUGCAAUUACUGGAAACAUUCCAAAUGUUUAGCAAUAUGCUGAAGGAAUGUCAACGGGCUCUAGCUGAAGAAGUAGAAAUUGAUAAAGGAACUAGAAGGAUGAAGGCAAUAGAAAAGCCGAAGCUGUGGCGUUUAGGGUUUCCCUAUUUCAAAACCGCAGACGAUUAUCCUUGUCCUAGAAAUGCCGAUAUGCAAAAGAAAGAGGCCAGAGGAGAAUUAUACUUUUACGGAUUAAGGCCUUCGCCUAGAUGGUCAAAUGAUGAUACCAUUAGAUUACUAGAAGGCGUGUCAUUUUGGUAUAAAAAUUUGAAAAAAAACGAGCUGGAAACGCAAAUAAAAAAAUUGGAAGAGAAAAAGAAAAAAAGUGGACAAGACAAAGUCAAAUUGCGAGAACUCGAAGAAAAAUUUGCAGCUGUAGAGGCCAGUAAUAGGAAUCUAUAUCCUGAGCUAGGGGAUGAAAAGUGUUUGGAUUGGUCACGGAUAGCUAUGCAUUUUUUAGAUGACAAAUAUCAAGCAGAAGAUUGUUUAAAUAUGUGGAAAAAUUACCUACACCCUAAAAUUAAUAAAAACUACUGGACCCCUGAGGAAAAUGAAAAAUUAAAAUCUUUAGUUCCUGCCAAUAAUUAUCAGAAUUGGGACUUGAUUGCUGAAAAAUUAGGUGGUAAUCGCAGAGGUUUUAUAACAUGUCUCCAUUUUUACUCGGAAAUCAAAUCACACCGAAUCCAAGGGGCUUUCAGUGCAGAAGAAGAUAAAUUAUUAUUGGACCUGGUAGAUAAAUACAAACAAGGCAACUAUAUCCAUUGGGAAAAAAUAGUGCAUUUUUUCCCAAAAAGACACCGAACGCAAAUCUAUUACCGCUACACCUAUUUCCUUAAAGAAAAUUACAGGAGAAAAGAUAAAUUUACCGAAGCGGAAGACAUUCUGCUUCUGGUUUUGGUAGACAGAUGGGGUAAAAAAUUUACAAAAAUUACCGAUUAUUUUCCUCAAAGAUCAGCAAACCAACUUAAAGCGAGAUAUAAUACUCAACUAUAUGACGCCACGAAAAGAGGUGCCUUUACCUUGGAAGAAGACAAAAAAAUAUUAUCCCUAGUCAAAAAAAAUGGUAAUAGUUGGGCUUACAUGGAAAAACUUUUUCAAAGAAAUUCCGCUACAAUAAGACAAAGAUACUUAACAUUAAGGGCUUUUAUGAAUAUGAAUCCUGGCAAAGGUUUAGAAGAAGCACCUAGAAGAGUAUUCCGACAAGAUUCCAAUUCCGCUCAACAUUCUAUUCUAAGAUUGAUAGCGAACAAGUUUAAAAUCUACAAAAAAAUUCCUACAAUUGAGGAAAUUGAAAAAUUGUUGGGAAACAAAACUAUGCAAGAUACUCAAGAGGAAAUUAAGGAAGAGGAUUCGGCUCCUUCAACUUCACAAAUAUGUAAGCCUCAAGUAUAUACUCAAAUGAUUAAGGACGAAAUUGGCUUUUCUACAACGAGUUUUCCAAGCUUAACAACCGACGCUCUUUUAAGGGAUUAUUUCAAAAGUUCUAAAAAAAUUGAGUUGACUGAUAACCUCAUGGAAUCAGCUACAAAAACUGUUCAGACAAUUUUAGACACAUUACAAGCAGAACUAUACAUUCCCAUAACAUUUAAGACUGAUUCCAGACUUGAUUCUAUUGAUGUAAAAAUUUUAACCGAAAUCACAAAAAAAUUGACAACAGUCGAUGACCACUAUGUAAUAAAGAGAAGCGGCCAACGUGUCUCACACUUAAUUCCUCCUAAUCCAAAUACUCUGACCGCAUUACAACAAAUGCUCCUGAAAAGCCAAGUUCGGCAUAUGAACUGUGAUGAAUGGCCGGAUAAUGAUGAUCAAGUCAAGUGGUGUAUACUCAAAUACCUGUCUAACCAAGGUGCCGAAGUACAACAACAGCUGAAAUUUGAAAGAAAUUUGUUUACCGAAAGAUUUAUAUCUCUGUAUAAAAUUCCGGCUAUACUAAGCAAUACUCCACCAAAUGAAUUGUUAUUGUCUUUUAUUCGAGGGCCACGUUUAAAGACUUAUCAAAGAAAAAUCAAAUCUGAUCCGCAGCCUAAUUGUGAAAACCAACGAGACCCUACUCCGUCCACUAGUCAGUUACCAGAAUCUGAACCUGCAUCACCAGCUGCGUUUGAAACCGUAUUUAUUAAAGAGGAGCUAGAAAAGGCAAAAAUAACUGAACCAAAAGAGUUCGAUGAAGACCCUCUGGCAAAGUUAACUGUGAUAGAAGAACUCGAGCAAAAAAUCUUCAAGACAAUUGAGGAUUUAUCAAAAAAGCCUUCCACCAAAAGGUUUUUUGAUCCUUCCGAUAAAAGGCCUUUCACAAACAUAAGAACGUAUACCAGGAAGAAAUCUGCACCAGUUAAAAAUACAUCUGAUAAUAAUGGGACCAAACAGUAUUCAAAGUCCAGCUCAACAUUGUCAACUGUAAAAGUAGAGCCACCCACUAAAAAAAGCAAAAACUGA